UGCGUGAAUUCUUUGAGCCGUCCACGUCCAGCUGCAAUCCAAACAGUUCCUGUUAUACACCCUUUACCAUUUGGAGUGUUUUUUGCGUGUUUUUCGUGAUGUAUCACCCGCCUGUGCUGAAGAACAGGCGCACUCUCCUGGAGAGAGCGGAGAAGUUUAUAUCUGAUGUUUAUUUUACUGACUGCAACCUGAGAGGACGACUUUAUGGGGAGUCUUGUCUGCUGGAAUCCAUCAGCUUCUUCCUGUCUCAGACCAGAAUCUCAUAUGCUGAAGCCUCCAAGCAGAACUUUGCACCUUAUAAAGUCGGUGAUACCUUUGGACCUACAUGGUGGACUUGCUGGUUUAAAGUGUCCCUGACAAUCCCUGAAUCCUGGAGAGGAAAAGAGGUUCAUCUCCUCUGGGAAAGUGAUGGGGAGGGAAUGGUCUGGAGAGAUGGACAGCCCGUUCAGGGAUUAACGAAAGAGGGGGAAAAGACAAGCUAUAUCUUGUCUGACUGUCUGAAAGAUGAAGAGCCCCACAGGGUCACCCUUUAUGUGGAAGUGGCCUGUAAUGGGCUUUUUGGUGCUGGUCAAGGAUCCUUUAUUGCAGCUCCAGACCCAAACAAGAUGUUUUCUGUACAGAAAGCUGAGUUGGUGACAUUCAAUAGGGAUGUGCAGAAGCUGCUGACCGAGUUUGAGAUGCUUGUUGACAUUGUUAAGGAGCUUGGAGAUGGGGAGCAACGGGGGUACCAGGCUCUCUUCACUGCUAAUGAGAUGGUGAACCUUUGUGACCCGUUUGAUCCCAGUUCCUUUUCUAAAGCUCACAGUCUGGCCCACAAGUUCUUUCACCAGCGCAACGGAGAAAGCCAGCACACUGUCCAUGCAAUGGGUCAUUGCCACAUAGAUUCAGCCUGGCUCUGGCCGUACGAGGAGACUAUUCGCAAAUGUGGCCGAAGCUGGGUGACAGUCGUCGGUUUAAUGGAGAAGAACCCAGAGUUUGUCUUCACUUGUUCUCAGGCCCAACAGUUUCUUUGGGUAAAGAGUUGGUAUCCGGGACUUUUCUCCAAGAUCCAGGACUACGUGAAGAAAGGCCAGUUCAUUCCAGUGGGAGGAACAUGGGUGGAAAUGGAUGGCAAUCUGCCCUCAGGUGAAUCCAUGGUUCGGCAGUUCCUGGAGGGCCAGCGCUUCUUUAAUCAGGAGUUUGGCAUGUAUUGCAAAGAGUUUUGGCUUCCAGAUACAUUUGGCUACUCUGCCCAGCUUCCACAAAUCAUGCAGAGAUGUGGUAUUUCCAAUUUUCUGACACAGAAGCUGAGCUGGAAUUUGGUCAACACCUUUCCUCACAACACAUUUUUCUGGGAGGGUCUGGAUGGUUCAAAAGUCUUAACUCACUUCCCACCAGGAAAUUCCUAUGAAAUGAAGGGAAAAACUGAAGAUCUGGUGAAAUCUGUGAAGAAUAACAAAGAUAAAGGGCGGGCCAAUCACAGCGCGGCCUUGUUUGGCUUUGGCGACGGAGGUGGUGGCCCCACACAGCUGAUGCUAGACAGGCUUAGCCUGGUCCAGGACACAGAUGGACUUCCCAAGGUCCAGAUGUCUAGUCCUGCAAAGCUUUUCUCACAGCUUCAGGCUGACUCAGGUCUACUGUGCACGUGGACCGGAGAGCUUUUUCUGGAGCUGCACAAUGGCACCUACACGACACAGGCACAGAUUAAACGUGAGAACCGACAGUGUGAGGCUCUGCUCCAUGAUGUGGAGGCGGCCUGCAGCUUGGCCCUCUGCCGAAGCGAGAAGUUUCUGUAUCCCGCAGAAAAACUGCAGCACCUCUGGAGACUGCUUCUUCUAAACCAGUUCCAUGAUGUUAUUCCCGGCAGCUGCAUAGGGAUGGUUGUGGAAGAUGCUCUUAAUUAUUAUAAAGAUAUCAGAAAAGAUGGUGGUGUACUUCUGCGGGAGGCGUUCAAAGCCUUGGAGCCACAUGGCAGCUCUCUUGCUGUGUUUAACUCUCUGCCCUGGGAGCGAUGGGAAGUCAUUCAGAUUACAGAUGACACUGACAAACCUGAGCUAGCUCUGGUGAGAGCGCCCAGCGUUGGUUUGGCUCCUGUCAAAGAGACACAGCCUGUGACUCCAGUUUCCGUCACUCCUCAGGCUCACGGCAAGGUCCUUAUGGAGAAUGGGAUUUUACAGGCGGUCGUCAGCAAAGAUGGCACACUGGCAUCACUGUAUUUAAUCAGUGCAAACAGAGAAACCAUCUCUGAUGGCUGUUUUGGAAACCAGUUUGUCAUAUUCAAUGAUGUACCCCUGUACUGGGAUGCUUGGGAUGUGAUGGACUACCAUCUUCAGACAAGGAAGCCAGUACUGGAGGUGGUGCAGCCUGUCCAGGUGGCGUCCUCAGGAGGGGUGCGAGGCAGUGUCAGCUUCACCCUUAGGAUCAGCGAUAAAAGCACCAUCACACAGGAGAUCAUCAUGGAUGCCAUGUGUCCCUACAUCAAGUUCAACACAAAGGUGCAAUGGGCAGAGUCGCACAAGUUUCUCAAAGUUGAGUUUCCUGUGCAAGUACGAAGCCCGAAUGCUACAUAUGAGAUUCAGUUUGGUCAUCUGCAGAGACCCACGCAUUGGAACACAUCGUGGGACUGGGCCAGAUUUGAAGUGUGGGGUCACAAAUGGGCUGACCUAUCAGAGCACAACUUUGGAGUGGCACUUCUGAAUGAUUCCAAAUAUGGUUAUUCCAUCCACAGGAACACAAUGACCCUGUCCCUACUGAGAGCACCGAAGGCCCCCGACACCACUGCCGACAUGGGGGAUCAUCAGUUCACAUAUGCCAUCAUGCCCCACUCAAGAACCCUCCAGGAUGCUUCUGUCAUUCAGUGUGCUUACAACCUCAACUACCCUCUGAGGCCGACCCAGUGCUGCCCUGACUCUGUACCCUGGAGUGCCUUCUCAGUCAGUCCAGUAGCAGUCAUACUUGAGACCAUUAAACAGGAAGAGGACGGAAACAGAAGGCUUGUCCUGCGUCUCUACGAGUCGCAUGGGAGCAGCGUUACUGCAACUCUGCGCAGCGACCUUCCAGUUAAGGAAGCCUGGCAUUGCGAUUUCUUGGAGAGGCCAGACCCCACCCAGCCAGCACACAUCACAUCUGAGGGGAUCUCUCUGACCUUCAAACCUUUUCAAAUCAUGACAAUUCUGCUCAGAUUGUGAUGUUUAGUCCACCAUGGUUGAAAGGUCUGAGGGACAUUAAUGUGAAAGCCUUGCAAUAAAUGAAUAAAGACUUUUUUUUUCUAAUA